UGGUCUAGAAUGGGUGUUUUUUCCUUUGUUACUCCAAAAAAAAUGAUCUUUAACGGAAAAGAAAUGAACGACAAUAGCUUAAUUGCGAUUAAAUAUGUAUUUUUAGAUGCAAUUAAUACUUUUUAUAAGAGCGUAUAGUAAUAUUGAAUCUAAUGACUGGGACAAUGCUUGCUUUAAAGGGCUGUUUUCGUUCCCUGACAUCAAGACGUCCACCUGGUUUCGAGAACCAUGACUUACUAGCUUCUGAGACUUCAUUUUCUGUUAAUGAAGUGGAUGCAUUGUAUGUUCUGUAUGAAAAACUUAGCAGCUCCAUAAUUGAUGAUGGUCUUAUUCAUAAGGAAGAGUUUCUCCUUGCACUCUUCAACAGUAGCCUUAAGCAGAAUCUUUUCGCACAGAGAUUGUUUGAUUUGUUUGAUAUUAAGCAUAACGGAGUUAUUGAGUUUGGAGAAUUUGUUCGGUCAUUAAGCAUCUUCCAUCCAAGGACUCCUCAAGCAGACAAAAUUGAAUUUGCAUUUAAAAUGUACGACUUGAGGCACACUGGAUUCAUAGAACGCGAUGAGUUGAAGGAAAUGGUAUUUGCUAUACUGAAGGAAUCAAAAUUGACACUUCCAGAUGAUGCUAUCGAAGCAAUUGUUGAUAAGACAUUCGUAGAGGCUGAUACGAAAGGAGAUGGACGGAUCGAUCUAGAAGAGUGGAAGGAAUUGGUCAUAAGAUAUCCUUCUAUCAUCAAGAACAUGACUCUACCAUUCCUUAAGGAAAUAACUCAAAUGUUUCCAAGCUUUGUGCUGACAACUGAAGCUCAAGAUUCACAACUAGUGUUUGAGUGACUGAUAUACCAUAAACUGUAGUUCGUAUAAAAACAUGUUUCUUUUUACGACUCUUUAAUUUUAAUUUUUGACAUGACAUGUUUAAGAGCAGGGACGGAGCCAACAAACUGUUAGAUGGUUCAUCUAAACUUCCUUCGGCGAAAAAUAGAAAAAUAUUACUAUUUAUACAUGUUUAAAAUUAUGUUUAUGUACAUAUUGUAGAUGUCGAAUCUCAUUCGGUUAGUUUCUGUGUUUACAUCUUUA